GAGAGAGAGAGAGAGACUUCGAGUAGAAGAAGACUGAGAAGCGCUUCCUCCCUACGAGAUUUGCGGGACCAAAUCAAUGCCCAUUGGUCCCUCUUGGACAGAGAAUGGAGGAAGUUUAGAGUGAGAAUAUGCGACAGUAGCAGAGCAAGUAGACGACGACGAAGGGGGCUAUUACUUUCUCUAUCUGCUUCUAUCUCUCUUUCUCACCGAAUUUCUCGGCCGGUAGAGAUCGUGGGGUCGCUGAGAAAACUCCGAUUUUCACUGUUUCAUCAGUCCCUUGGGUUCCGCGUUCGUCUCAUCGGAGCUGCGGAGUCUCUGUGAGGGAUUGGUGAAACGGGGUCGUUUAUAGGAAAAGACUUCAUAGUGUGUUGGAAGCAAGGGACUCUGAUAAAUAAGAGAUAUGGUGUUAACUGCAGAGCGACCAGUGUGAUUUCCUUCUCUUUUCUUCCAGUGUUUUGUUCCAACAGAAAAACAAGGCCUUGUUUUGACAUUUGCCAGAUUAGGGCUACGUCAUUUAUUAUGGUUGUGUUAGUUGGAAAAGACGUAUCGAUUGAUUCCUCAGGAGGGCUGUUCUGUCUCUGAGGGUGUUCACGAGCGCUCACCGCAAAUCUGGCAGUUCUGAGCAAUGGGAGCAAUUGUUGGGGAAGAGCUGAAGAAAAUGGAGAAGAUGCAGCCUCCGGCAGCCCGGGAAGAAAAGAUUCUUGUUUUAGUGAGAUUGAGGCCUCUGAACGAGAAAGAGAUUGCGGCUAAUGAAGUUGCAGAUUGGGAAUGCAUCAAUGACACCACCAUAAUAUACAGGAACACAUUGCGUGAGGGCUCGACCUUUCCUUCUGCAUACACGUUUGAUAGAGUGUACCGCGGUGACUGCACGACUGGGCAAGUUUACGGUGGAGGAGCCAAGGAAAUUGCUCUUUCGGUUGUUGAAGGAAUCAAUUCUAGUAUUUUUGCAUAUGGCCAGACGAGUAGUGGAAAGACAUACACCAUGACUGGUAUAACUGAGUCUGCUGUGUGUGACAUAUUUGACUAUAUUCACAAGCAUGAAGAAAGAGCAUUCGUUGUUAAGUUUUUUGCUAUUGAGAUCUACAAUGAGGCCAUAAGAGAUCUGCUUAGCUCGGAUGGUACACCCUUAAGGCUCCGAGAUGAUCCUGAGAAAGGGACCAUUGUCGAGAAAGCCACAGAGGAAAUUCUGAGAGACUGGAAUCAUUUGAAGGACCUUCUCUCUAUCUGUGAAGCACAGCGAAAGAUCGGUGAAACCUCAUUGAAUGAGAGAAGUUCAAGAUCUCAUCAGAUAAUCCGACUGACAGUUGAAAGCUCUGCCCGUGAGUUCUUGGGCAAAGAAAAUUCAACAACCCUCACGGCCAGUGUGAAUUUUAUUGAUUUGGCUGGCAGUGAGCGUGCCUCACAGGCUAUGUCUGCUGGUGCACGACUCAAGGAGGGUUGCCAUAUCAAUAGGAGUUUGCUGACUCUAGGAACUGUGAUCCGUAAAUUAAGCAAGGGAAGACAAGGGCAUAUCAACUACAGAGACUCCAAGCUCACACGCAUUCUGCAGCCGUGCUUGGGAGGCAAUGCGAGAACGGCCAUCGUCUGCACUCUGAGCCCUGCUAGAAGCCACGUGGAGCAGACAAGGAACACGCUUCUGUUUGCAUGCUGUGCCAAGGAAGUUACCACAAAGGCUCAGAUCAAUGUCGUCAUGUCCGACAAGGCUCUGGUGAAGCACCUGCAGCAAGAGCUAGCCAGGCUCGAGAGCGAGCUACGAAACCCCGCCCCUGCUGCUUUGAACUGUGAUUGCGCAGUUGUGUUGAGGAAGAAAGAUCUUCAGAUACAAAAGAUGGAGAAGCAGAUUGAAGAAUUGACCAAACAACGGGAUCUUGCUCAAUCUCAGCUUGAAGAUUUCAUGAGAAUGGCUGGAAACGAGGACAGUUCAGUAUCAGAGAUAUCAGGCGUGGUUGAUCCAGACAGGACCAGUUUCAUAUCAGACGGCACCUCUACGCCUCUGUCAACCGCAAGAGCUCAUGUUCGGUCUCAUUCAGACGCUGAUAUGGAUGAUGAGGUGUCACCAAGGCUCUCUAGGGAAUCAUCAGAAGAAUACUGCAAAGAAGUUCAGUGCAUUGAGAUGGAAGUGCCAGUCUCAGAAAGGGACAAUGAGGUUGAAAACACGUCAACAGAUGCAGGCCGUGGAGUGGGUCUUGGUGAGAAUGGGUUUGUGUCAAGUGAUGGAGGGUUGAGACUGAGGAGGACGUGGAGUGGCAGGCAAAAUCAUGUCACAGGUACGAGCACUCCACCAGACGGGAUGGAGAUGAAUUAUACAGGAAGACCAGAUGCAGCUUUUGGGUUUGGUUAUGGUGAGAGAUUGUUGAGGAAUGAUUCUAUGUCCUCUCGUGCGAGCGAUUCCACUGACGCUCACAGCAUCAGAACGCUGGGAGGAGAAGAAGAGGGUGCCAUUACUAGCGUCCGUACUUUCGUUGAAGAGUUGAAGGAAAUGGCUAAGCGUCAAGGCGAGGUGGGGGAUCUGCAGAACUCGAGGAAAACGAGGAAGGACAUUGGCCUAGAUGCCAUGGACGAGGAGAUGUCGGGAAACUGGUCAGAGGAAUUUGAAAGGAAGCGUCAAGAGAUUCUGGAGCUGUGGCAGAGCUGCCAUGUCUCACUGGUGCAUAGAACGUACUUCUUUUUGCUAUUCAAGGGUGAUGAGGCUGAUUCUAUUUACGUUGGAGUAGAGCUGAGAAGACUCUCCUUCUUGAAAGAUAGCUUUUCUCAAGGAACCCAAGCUGUUGAAGGGGGUCGAACCCUCACACUCUCCUCAAGUCUGAAGGAGCUGCACCGGGAGAGAAGGACGAUGAGCAAGCUGAUAGGGAAGAGGUUCUCAGGGGAGGAGAGGAGACGAUUGUACGAGAAGUUUGGAAUAGGGUUGAACUCGAAAAGGAGGAGGCUGCAGCUGGCAAACCAGCUUUGGAGCAACCCAAAGGACAUGAGCCAUGUGAAGGAGAGUGCUGCGGUCAUAGCCAAGCUCGUGAGGUUCGUGGAACAGGGCACUGCCUUCAAGGAAAUGUUCGGUCUGAGCUUCACUCCUCCGACUAGGAGAUCCCAUGGCUGGAGACGAAGCAUGGCCACUCUUUUCUAACUCUAACACGCUGAUUCUCAUCUCUCUCCCUCGCUAUAUAUAUAUAUAUCCUGUUUUGUGUAGCAGCAUGUGUAUAAAUCAUUAGGUGGUUGGUUGGGUUUUGGAGGAGAGGGAUGAUUCCCGCUCUUGGAGUUUUUUUUUUCCACGACUUGAGUUUGAUUUGGUGGUGGUAUUCAGACAGAGACAUUGUCGAGAUGAGAUAUUUGUAACCGUGGUGUGAAUGAAAAGGACGUUAGAUUGGCACUCA